UACCUUUCUAGGAAUGUGGAACUGAAGAAUAUUAUUAGUUUCAUAGGUGAUAUGCUGACAUGUUUAUUAAUUAUAUUAUUAAAAAAUUGAAUUUUUCCUGGUGUUAAAAAAAUAACAUUCAUUUAAAGACCAGAAGAAAGAAGCUAGGGAGAAAGAUUACCCAUGAUUAACGCUGACCUGUCUAGACUUUACCUCUUUCGUCUAGUCUGAAGUGUCUCUGAUCAUCAUACUUAAAAAAAGAAAAAAGAAAAAAAAAAGCGUUGUGAUUUUAGAGACAAAGAAUGAAUAGGGUGUGAGCAUUUUUUAAUAUUUAUCCCCCUCUCUCCAUCUUCACCAAGAACUUAAUUUUGUUUGCUAUUUAGCUCAUCUGUUUUCCUAUUUUUUUUUUUAAGUGUAACAACUCAGAUUUAUAUUUGAGUUCAAUGUAAGCAGUGGCAUUAUUUGUGGUUUUUUUCCCCCCAAACCAUGCAGUUUCUUUUAUUUGCUGAUCAUGGUAUGCAGUUCCUAAGCCUAUGAGAAGGCUCUCUGUGAAGUGCCUUUUAAUAUUUAGAUCAAACAGUGAUUGGAAUACAUUAAUGCCCAGUGGGUAAAUGUGUCAUUUGAAAGCAGCUGCUGAGCCUUCUCCCUGCUGCUCCAAUUAACGCAUAGAGCACACUUUUGUCAGCAAGAGGCUGUGCAUAUGGAUGAAACCACUCUAGGGCUCAUUAAUAUGAUAUGUGCAAGAGCAGAAAGGGUUAAUGAAUAUGCUCCUGGCCAAACAAUAGCUUUCUGAGAAGUUUCCCAAGCCUGUGCUUCUGCGGUAAAGGGUGCUAGGAUUAGGGGGUGGGAUUAGCAGGUAAGAAAAAGCCGGUUCAGUCCCCAGCUUUGGUUCAGUCCAUUGACUAACGUGUCUCCCCGCCCCUCUCAUCUCUGCUCCCCCGCCCCUGACGAGGGAGAUGUUGGAUAGUGAAAUUCUAGUGCCGGGACUACUCUCGCUUCAGCUGAAUCUCAUGUUGAACUUUGUAGUUUCUAUUCUGAAGCUGUUUGAAGUCCAAAGCUUUCCUGUUUUUUUUUUUUUUUUCUCCUAGUCCUUCAUUAUUUCACUUUCUCUCUCUUUUCCUUUAUUUAUUUAUUUAUUUCUUUUAAAAUCGCACAUUUGACAGUUUCUUGAGCAAAGUAGGAAAUCUUACUACAGUAACCCCAUUUCGCUGCUCUUUUUUUCUCCCACCCAUGGCUAAAGUCCGGGCGGUGGUGGUAGCGCAGAGGCAGAGGGAAGGGUAGCGUGUCCCCAUCCCCAGGCUCAGUGUCCAGCUUUCAUGCUCCACCAGCGCCCCAAGCAACUGGGCUGUCGCUCCGCUCUGGUGCUGGCUGAACCAGGCUGCACGGUGAGUGAGAGAUGGACCGCUUCCUGGGUUUUGUCAAGCAGAUAAGAAGAUCUAGGAGAAGAAAGGGGAAAAAGUACCGACCAGAAGAGGAUUACCACGAGGGCUAUGAGGAUGUCUAUUAUUACGCUUCAGAGCAUUUUCGAAAUGAGAGCCCCUACACUAAAUCCGCCAGCCAGACAAAGCCGCCUGAUGGAGCGUUGGCUGUGAGGAGACAGAGCAUCCCAGAGGAAUUCAAAGGCUCCACCGUGGUGGAGCUGAUGAAGAAGGAGGGCACCACCCUAGGGCUGACCGUGUCAGGCGGAGUUGACAAGGACGGCAAGCCCAGAGUCUCGAACCUGCGGCAAGGAGGAAUUGCUGCUAGAAGUGACCAGCUGGAUGUGGGGGACUACAUCAAAGCAGUGAAUGGGAUCAACCUGGCCAAAUUCCGCCAUGAUGAGAUCAUCAGCUUGCUGAAGAACGUCGGCGAAAGAGUGGUUCUUGAAGUCGAGUAUGAGCUGCCGCCAGUCUCUGUUCAAGGAUCAAGUGUUAUUUUCCGAACGGUGGAGGUCACAUUACAUAAAGAAGGCAAUACCUUUGGUUUUGUAAUACGAGGAGGAGCACAUGAUGAUAGAAAUAAAUCUCGUCCAGUUGUAAUAACAUGCGUUCGUCCUGGAGGACCUGCUGACAGAGAGGGCACGAUCAAACCUGGCGACAGGUUGCUCAGUGUGGAUGGAAUUCGGCUUCUCGGAACCACACAUGCUGAAGCCAUGAGUAUUCUUAAACAGUGCGGACAAGAAGCAACACUGCUGAUAGAAUAUGAUGUCUCAGUGAUGGAUACUGUGGCAACGGCAUCCGGGCCACUGCUAGUCGAAGUUGCCAAAACUCCUGGUGCCAGCCUUGGGGUUGCCCUCACUACCUCGAUGUGCUGUAACAAACAGGUCAUUGUCAUAGACAAAAUCAAAUCUGCAAGUAUUGCAGACAGAUGCGGUGCCCUGCACGUGGGAGACCACAUCCUGUCUAUCGACGGGACGAGCAUGGAGUACUGUACAUUAGCGGAAGCCACUCAGUUCCUGGCAAACACCACGGACCAGGUCAAGCUUGAGAUUCUUCCCCAUCAUCAGACCCGCCUGGCCCUGAAGGGACCCGACCACGUGAAAAUUCAGAGGAGCGACAGGCAACUUGCGUGGGAUUCCUGGGCCGGCAACCACUGCAGCCUUCACACCUACCAUCACCCUCAUACGACCCACCCUGACCAUUGCAGAGUGCCAGCCCUGACGGGCCCGAAAGCGCCUCCUUCCAACAGCCCUCCAGCUUUGGUGUCCUCCUUCUCUCCUACCUCCAUGAGUGCAUACAGCCUGAGUUCCCUGAACAUGGGGACUUUACCUCGAAGCCUCUACUCUACUAGCCCUCGUGGAACCAUGAUGAGGAGGAGGCUGAAAAAGAAAGACUUCAAAAGCUCACUGUCAUUAGCCUCCAGCACAGUGGGCUUGGCUGGGCAGGUCGUUCACACAGAAACCACAGAAGUUGUGCUGACAGCAGAUCCUGUCACAGGAUUUGGGAUCCAGCUGCAGGGCAGUGUGUUUGCCACGGAGACGCUCUCUUCUCCACCUCUGAUUUCCUAUAUUGAAGCUGACAGCCCAGCAGAGAGAUGUGGGGUGCUACAGAUCGGAGACAGAGUGAUGGCCAUUAAUGGGAUUCCGACUGAAGACAGCACCUUUGAGGAAGCCAACCAGCUCCUCCGAGACUCUUCAAUCACAAGCAAGGUCACACUGGAAAUCGAGUUUGAUGUCGCAGAGUCUGUCAUCCCAAGUAGUGGGACAUUUCAUGUGAAGCUCCCUAAGAAGCACAGUGUGGAACUUGGAAUAACCAUAAGUUCACCAUCUAGCAGAAAACCAGGAGAUCCCCUUGUCAUAUCAGAUAUCAAGAAAGGAAGUGUGGCACACAGGACUGGCACCCUGGAACUCGGGGAUAAAUUACUUGCAAUAGAUAACAUCCGACUGGACAACUGUUCAAUGGAAGAUGCAGUUCAGAUCCUCCAGCAGUGUGAAGAGCUGGUGAAGCUCAAAAUCCGCAAAGACGAAGAUAACUCAGAUGAGCAAGAAAGUUCCGGAGCCAUUAUUUACACUGUGGAGCUCAAGCGCUAUGGGGGGCCCCUUGGCAUCACAAUUUCAGGAACUGAAGAGCCCUUUGAUCCUAUAAUCAUUUCAAGCCUCACUAAAGGGGGAUUAGCUGAAAGAACUGGCGCCAUCCACAUAGGAGACCGAAUCCUGGCUAUCAACAGCAGCAGCUUGAAAGGAAAGCCUCUGAGUGAAGCCAUCCAUUUGUUACAGAUGGCAGGAGAAACUGUCACCUUGAAAAUUAAGAAACAGACAGAUGCCCAAUCAGCAUCCAGUCCCAAGAAAUUCCCCAUGGCUAGCCACCUGAGUGACCUGGGAGAUGUGGAGGAGGACCCCUCUCCAGGGCAGAAGCCAGGCAAGCUCUCCGACACAUACCCGUCCACUGUGCCCAGUGUGGACAGUGCGGUGGACUCGUGGGACAGCUCUGGGAUGGACAGCAGCUAUGGGAAUCAAGGCUCUAGCUUUCAGGCCUCAGGCUACAACUUCAACACUUACGAGUGGAGGGGUCCGAAACAGAGAGGCAACCUGUCCCCAGUCACUAAGCCGCGAAGCCAGACCUACCCAGACGUGGGGCUGAAUAAUGAAGACUGGGACCGGUCCACAGUCAGUGGUUUUACAGGGGCUCCCGACAGUUCAGAGGCUGAGCAAGAGGAGAACUUCUGGUCCCAAGCGCUGGAGGAUUUGGAAACCUGUGGACAGUCGGGAAUUCUGAGAGAACUCGAGGAGAAAGCUGACAGGCGUGUGUCUUUGAGAAACAUGACUCUCUUGGCGACAAUCAUGUCGGGAAGCACGAUGAGUCUGAAUCAUGAGGCCCCAUCACCUCGCAGUCAGCUGGGGCGACAGGCCAGCUUCCAGGAACGGAGCAGCUCACGGCCACACUAUAGCCAAACAACUCGGAGCAACACCCUACCCACAGAUGUGGGCAGGAAAUCUGUCCCCCUGAGAAAAAUGAAACAAGAAAUCAAGGAGAUCAUGUCCCCGACUCCUGUGGAGCUGCACAAGGUGACCCUGUACAAGAGCUCUGACAUGGAGGACUUUGGGUUCAGCGUCGCAGAUGGCUUGCUGGAGAAAGGAGUGUAUGUCAAGAAUAUUCGCCCAGCUGGGCCAGGAGAUCUUGGUGGCUUAAAGCCCUAUGAUAGACUCUUACAGGUUAAUCAUGUCCGAACGAGAGACUUUGACUGCUGCCUUGUUGUGCCCCUCAUAGCAGAAUCUGGUAAUAAGCUGGACUUGGUUAUUAGUAGAAACCCACUGGCUUCACAGAAGUCUAUAGAACAGACUCUACCGGGAGGAGAAUGGAGUGAACAGAACAGUGCUUUUUUCCAACAGCCUAGUCAUGGUGGUAAUUUGGAGAUACGAGAACCCACUAACACAUUAUAGCAAUGCUUUUUAUAAAGCAGGACAAAAGACAAUAUCUACAUGGUGCUAAAAAAAAAAUCCCUUUGAGAUUUCUGUGGCAUUUAAAGCACAGAUAUCACGUGGCAUUAACCGCAAGCACAGGGGUCUUUUAAAUCUCUCUCAUGGCUCAUGUUCACUUCCCCUUUCAAGCUGAAGAGGUUUCUUUCUUAGUGACCGCUGUGGUAGAGGGUUCCCUGCCAGGCCCAAUGGUAGAGAAAAGGAAAACUACAUAGGCCGCCCCUUCCCCGCAAUUAACAUCAGAGGAAGUUUUUUACAAGUUCAUCUUCCAGUCACUUUUUAAAAAGAGAAAUGUCUGUUUGAAAAUAUUCUCUAUGACAAUUUCCUUAAGUCACUUUGAAAUCAACAGUUUCUUACUAUGAAGCCGUCAGCGUUGAGGACCUGACCAACAAGGCUUGUCACAAAGCUGGCUCUCCUAGGGGAUCUGGGGUUUGAGACGCGGCUGGGACCGCUGCCAUGGGAGGGUCCAGGUGGAACAUUAUUUGAAACGUUUCAGCGACGAUGCACGUAGGAGACCAUAAUAGGUGGUGGUAAAUGUUUUGCCCCAAUAUAGGAAUGAUUUUAACUAAGAUGUAUGCUAUUCCCUAUGCAACAAAUUAACAAACAGGAUAUGUCUUGUGACCUGUUUUUUUUUUUUUUUAAGGACACACUUUGAAUAGCUGCGAAUCUCUGAUAAUGGAUUAGCGUGCUUAGUAACACUGAGAAGUAGUUAUUUUUAAAACUCCAGACUAAGAAUUUAAGAGAGAAUGAAGAGUCUAUUACAGUGAGGUUUAUCUUAAUGAUAGGCAGAUCAAACUCAUCUUGCUUGCCAUGUUUUGAAAACUGGUUACAGAGGGGUGGACAGCACAUGUACGUUUGAGAUGACACUGGACUGUCUUUUGUUCUGAGCCAUGCUACUUUACUGAAAUUGUAAAUACAUUUUCACGAAAAUGCAUUGCCAAUUAUCACCAUCCCUCAAAGCAAUAAACUGUGACAGUUGCUUUUAAGAUGUUCGUCAGCAACUGUUUUCAUUUGUUCAGAUCUUUUGAAUAGUUACGCUAAUAACUGUUAUUUGGUGAAUAUUUAAAAAAAAUAGAUCUGUAUAUUGAUUGUAGAAUCUCCAUAUUGAAAUGAUUAUUUUCCAAACAUUUUCAUUUUGGUCAAUGGUUCCAACAACUGCUUAGGUAAAGCAUUUGAACACUGUGUCCUUUGUUUAAGGAGAAAGCUCACCUUUCUUUUUGUGCAG